UCCUCCUCCUCCUCCUCCUCCUCCUCCUCCUCCGCCGUCCCGAAGCGCUCCCGCACUCCGUCUCCCGGCGGGGAAGGGGCCAUGGGCCGCCUCCCCGGGGCGCGGCGGCGGCUGUGAGGCGGGCGGGGAGCCGGGCACGCAGCGCCCAGCCGCCGGAGCGCGGCCGCGCCAUGGCCACGCUGCUCUGCCGGGUGCAGUUCCUGGACGACACCGACCCCUUCAACAGCACCAACUUCCCCGAGCCCACCCGGCCGCCCCUCUACACCUUCCGCCAGGACAUCCCGCUCGGCACCCAGUUGCCCGGCGUGCACCGCCUGCUCCGCGCCCCGCACAAGCUUGAUGACUGCACUCUACAAUUGUCUCACAACGGUACCUAUCUGGAUUUAGAAUCCACUCUAGCAGAACAAAGGGAUGAAUUGGAAGGUUUCCAGGAGGAUGCUGGGAGGGGCAAGAAGCACAGUAUAAUUUUGAGGACCCAGCUGUCAGUGAGAGUCCAUGCUUGCAUCGAAAAACUUUACAACUCCAAUGGACGGGAGCUGAGACGGGCACUUUUCUCAUUGAAACAAAUAUUCCAGGAUGACAAGGACUUGGUUCAUGAGUUUGUUGUUGCUGAAGGCCUGACUUGCUUAAUCAAAGUGGGAGCAGAGGCAGACCAGAACUAUCAGAACUACAUCCUGAGAGCUUUGGGACAAAUUAUGCUCUAUGUUGAUGGCAUGAAUGGAGUAAUAAAUCAUAAUGAAACCAUCCAGUGGCUGUACACGCUUAUUGGGUCAAAGUUCCGCCUGGUGGUAAAGACAGCGCUGAAGCUGCUGCUGGUGUUUGUGGAGUAUACCGAAUCUAAUGCACCGCUUUUAAUCCAGGCAGUAUCAACGGUUGAUGAAAAGAGAGGAGCCAAGCCAUGGUCCAACAUCAUGGAGAUCUUGGAGGAGAAGGAUGGGGUUGAUACUGAACUACUGGUUUACGCAAUGACCUUGGUUAACAAGACGCUGUCGGGAUUGCCAGAUCAAGACUCUUUCUACGACGUGGUGGACUGUCUGGAAGAGCUAGGCAUUGAAGCUAUUUCACAGAGACACUUGAACAAGAAAGGAACAGACUUGGACUUAGUUGAGCAAUUUAACAUUUAUGAGAUGACCCUGAGACACGAGGAUGGAGAUGAGAGCGCUGACCCCCCGCCCAGUGGGCGCAAGGACAGAAGAAGGGCCAGUCUGGGUGCCAGUGAGCGAAGGGGCUUGGAGCGCCGACGGAGCCGCAGACACUCGGUACAGAACGUCAAAAGCACUUUAUCGGCCCCUGCCAGUCCGUGCAGUCAGUCGAACCCCAGCUUCAUGCUAGGCCAUGGACAGCGUGUUGAAGGUCUCAGUGAGAGAGAGGAGGAGGAAUGUGAAGAAGAGGACGAAGAACAGCCAGUCACAGAGCCCAAUACUGAGGAUGAGGGGGAGGAAGAGGCCAGUAGGCAGGUCAAAGCCAGUGGGUUCCCAGGUGCACAGGAGGCUAUGACGGAAAACCUUUCACAGUGGUGUGAUUCUUCAGCCAACUCCAGUGCCAUUUCUCAAGCUGAGAAGCCUCUCCCGUGCUCUAGAGCAAAGAGUUCUUCUAGCAGCUCCUCUUCUGUGCCUGAUUCAUCUGUCUCUCAUCACAAUUCUCUUCUUUCAUCACCAUCUUCACCUGCGGCAGCUUUGCUAAACUCUUCCCAAAAUUCAUCAUCAUCAUCCAUUACUCCAAAGGCAUCUCCAACGGUAGAAAAAUUACCUUAUGUACCACAUACUCCUUUUCACCUCUUCUCAUAUGACUUUGAAGAGUCUCCAGCAUCUGUGAAAGAAAAGGAAGCAGAGGUGAUGAGGGAAAACAGAUACAAUAGCUACGGCAGCAACUCUUACUCUUCUCCGCGACCUUACUCUGGUCUGAGUGCCCCCACAACACCCACUUCUCGUUAUGGGACAACUCUCUCACCGCCUCAAGAGACCAAAUCUGACAGGCCAGCUUUGGGUGGUCUCCUUACAUCAUCUUUUCGGCAGCACCAGGAGUCCUUGGCAGCAGAAAGAGAAAGGCGACGUCAAGAAAGAGAAGAAAGGUUGCAACGAAUAGAACGUGAAGAAAGAAACAAAUUCAACCGUGAUUAUUUAGACAAAAGAGAAGAACUAAGACAAGCAAGAGAAGAGAGAUACAAAUACCUGGAGAGGUUGGCAGCUGAGGAGUAUGAGAAGGAGCUGAAGAGUCGGAGUGUAAGCCGAGGCAGAAGUGAGCUGUCCUUGAACCUGCGAUCUCCUUCAGCCCCAUCCUCGCCUGUGCCCAAGUGUGUCAGCCCAGCAUCCAUAGAGUCCCAGGAAGAGCUGAAGACCCCUUCUACCCCCUGUGGAACCCCUCAGCACUCGGAAGUGAGUGCCAGUGAACCCGAACCAGAGACAGAGACAGAACCAGAAGCAGAAGCAGAGCAGGAGACUGAGGCAGAGCCCGAGCAGGGAACGGAGACACCCAAGGAAAUAGAGGCUGCAGAGGUGGGACCAGAGAGUGAGGUGGAGCAAGGACCAGAAAGAGAGCCAGAAGAAAGUGCAAUACUCAGUGAAAAAGAGAGGCAGAAUGAGGAAGUGAAUGAAAAAGACAACUGCUCUGCAUCCAGCAUAUCCUCAGCAAGCAGCACUUUAGAGAGGGAAGAGAGAGAGGACAAGUUAACCAGUGACAAUGAAACUGGUCCAUGGUCACAGACCAUCCAGGAUGCUGGUGUGAAUGAGCAGUGCAGCAACAUCCUCAACAACAAGCGGUUUAUGCUGGACAUGUUGUAUGCGCAUAACAAAAAGCCCAAGGAUGAAGAGGAGAAGGAGCUGGAGGCGAAGGAGGAAAAGAAGGAGACGGAGGAAAGCGAGGAGUCACUCACUAGUCUAGCCAGUAGGAUCUCUAUCCUUCAGGCCACGAAGCAGGCCAAAGAUGAAAGUGUCAAAAAGAUGGAGAUUGGAAACCUGGACAACCAAGGCAGCGUGAAAGCCUUUGCGGAAAAAUUCAACAGUGGUGAGCUGGCCAAGGGGACAGCCUUGCCUGAAGAUGAAAUCAGUGAACAGGUCCCUGAGAAAACACCAGCACAGCCAAAGAAGGAAUCUGACUACAUCUGGGAUCAGCUCAUGGCUAAUCCUAGAGAACUUAAAAUCAAAGACAUGGAUUUUACAGACUUGGGGGAGGAGGAUGAUGUAGAUGUGUUGGACAUGGAUAUGGGUCCUGGGGACUCCCUUGUUCCCCCUCCUCCACCUCCACCUUCUUUUCUGGGUUUGCCUCCUCCGCCACCUCCCCCACUGUUUGGAUGUCCACCUCCACCUCCACCCUCUGCUAAUUUAUUGGCUCCCCCUCCGCUGUUCAGCACUCCUCAGGGUUUAGGGUCACCCCAGGUUUCUAGGGGUCAGCCAGCAUUUAUAAAGAAGAAGAAAACCAUCCGUCUGUUUUGGAACGAGGUACGGCCUUUUGAGUGGCAGUGUAAAAACAACAAACGCUGCAGAGAAUUCCUGUGGUCGAAACUGGAACCCAUUAAGGUGGACACUUCCAAACUGGAGCAUCUCUUUGAGUCCAAAUCCAAGGAACUGCCUGUCACAAAGAAAACUGCUGCAGAUGGGAAGCGACAGGAGAUCAUUGUAUUGGACUCAAAACGAAGCAAUGCUAUUAAUAUUGGCUUGACUGUGUUGCCCCCUCCACGGACUAUCAAGACUGCUAUUUUGAACUUUGACGAAUAUGCCUUAAACAAGGAAGGAAUAGAGAAAAUUUUGACCAUGAUCCCAACUGAGGAGGAGAAGCAAAAGAUCCAGGAGGCACAGCUGGCAAACCCUGAUGUCCCCCUGGGCAGCGCUGAGCAGUUCCUUCUCACCCUCUCCUCCAUCAGCGAACUCUCCGCCAGGCUCCAGCUCUGGGCUUUCAAGAUGGACUAUGAAAUAGUGGAAAAGGAGGUUGCAGAACCACUUCUAGAUCUGAAAGAAGGAAUGGACCAACUGGAGCACAAUAAAACUUUGGGAUUUAUCCUUUCUACUCUGCUAGCCAUCGGGAACUUUCUGAAUGGAACCAAUGCCAAAGCUUUUGAGUUGAGCUACCUCGAGAAGGUUCCAGAAGUCAAGGACACAGUGCAUAAGCAGUCCCUCCUGCACCAUGUCUGCACUAUGGUGGUGGAAAAGUUCCCAGACAGCACUGAUCUUUAUUCAGAGAUCGGGGCCAUCACUAGGUCAGCCAAGGUUGACUUUGAACAACUCCAGGAAAACUUGUGUCAGAUGGAAAGAAGGUGCAAAGCAUCAUGGGAUCACCUUAAGGCUAUAGCAAAGCAUGAGAUGAAGCCAACUCUAAAGCAAAAGAUGUCUGAGUUCCUGAAGGACUGUGCAGAAAGAAUCAUAAUCCUGAAGAUUGUUCAUAGAAGAAUAAUUAACAGGUUUCACUCAUUCUUGUUAUUUAUGGGCCAUCCUCCGUAUGCAAUACGCGAAGUCAACAUCAAUAAGUUCUGCAAAAUUAUUAGUGAAUUUGCUCUGGAAUACCGCACCACCAGGGAACGAGUCCUGCAGCAAAAACAGAAACGAGCUAACCACAGGGAAAGAAACAAGACCAGGGGGAAAAUGAUCACAGAUACUGAUGAAGAAGAGGAUGCCGAGUCCGGCAAAUUCUCCAGCACCUCACCCCCCUCCCAGGGCCAGCCCCAGGGCCUGCAGUACGCCGAGGAUGCUGCGGAGCACGAGAACAUGAAGGCCGUGCUGAAGACCUCCUGUGUUGGCGGGGAGAGCACCACGGCACUGGGGGUUCGCACUCGCAGCCGGGCCAGCCGGGGCCGUAUCGGUUCAUGGAACGCUGGCAAUGACGAUUCACCUAAUGCAACAGAUGAUGCAGCAGAUGAGAUCAUGGAUCGCAUUGUAAAGUCUGCCACCCAAGUGCCAAGCCAGCGAGCGGUGCCUAGAGAGAGAAAGCGGUCACGAGCAAAUAGGAAGUCAUUGAGAAGGACACUAAAGAGCGGACUGACCCCAGAAGAAGCCAAAGCACUGGGCCUCAUCAGCACCUCUGAGAUGCAGGUUUGACGUCCCAGAGGUGGCAACAAGAAGAGCCAUCAUCCGAAACACACAGGCUGACAACCCUUUGGUGUGGCGCUGUCCUGCCAGCCUUGUCUGCUGCUCCCAACGUCCCGUCGUCUAUUAGUUCAAUGUUAAUAAGCAACACAAAGCAGAACGCCACCAGCAGGGCGGAAGAAGGGUGUGCCGCAGCCCAGCACAACAUCCUGACAAGUAGCUGAGGAAGCAUAUGAGUGCUUGUAGGUGAAACCUUACGCCUGCUUCUCUUGUGGUGUGUUGGUGUGGGUAGGAGGGGGCUCUCUCUGAGUUAUCUGUCACUAUGUAAGCUGUGUUUGCGUUGGCUUUCCUCGUGCCCUGUUUUAGUUAUUGUAAAUGUAUGGCAUUUUGUCAAUGCAAUGAACAGUCCUUAAAGAGGCAAAAUAACUCCUGUUACAGUGACCCCAAUUUUCCUGAAGCAGAUUCAUUAAGCAAAGACACACAGUCUGUGCAACCCUGUGGUGUUUUUUUUUCUAUUUUAUUUUAUUUUUAUUUUUUAUUUUGCCACCAAAGAAUGUAAAAAAUGUAUGUGUACCUUUGUAUAUGUACAGAAUGAAUGUGUGGAUAUGUGUGCAUGUAUCUCUACACAUACAGUCAUGGUGUGAAGUCAUGCUCUUGCUGAAGCUAGCUGGACCGUGAUUGUCACUCUGGGGCCUUACAGUUCCACCUGGACAGGAGGAAAAGAAUGUCUUUUUGUAGGAACUCAGUGUUUUUCAAAGGGAUUCAUCCUGUGGGGCAGGAGAUAGCCUGCAGUACAAGUGGAAAGUUCAGGAUCCCAAAUUCAUGUGUAUUAAUACACACUCAUACUGUACAUAGCACCAUGCACACAGAGGAGAGGUCACAGAAUACUUCCCUCUUGAUGAGCUUUGGCUAUGCUUUCCAUUUGUACAGUUUCAGAGAAAACUAUACGAACAAUUUACACACUUGAUAAAUGCAUUCAGAUGGUAAGAUCAAGAAGUUUUGUUCACUUGCCUGUGCCCUUCAUGCUGCUUUUCUCUGCUGCAAGAUAAUGUGGUGGUGAUUUUAUUUCAAAGUAAUGGAUCUGAAUAUGAAAUGGCCCUGCUAAAAGCCUGCUGUGUUUUUGCUGUUCUCUACUCUUUGUUUUGUGAUUAUUCUUGAUGCAAGUGGAGAGGGUACCCCAGUGAACGCUCCAAUAUGCUUGCCCUUAUCUCGCUGUUUGAUAACUGACUUUUGUAAUUGCCCUCAGCGUGUGUAUUUGAAGAACCUUUAGUCAACUCAUCUGCCUUUAAGUGGAGGACAUACACAUUGGUGAAGACGAAAUGAACGCAAUCACCCUAGCCAGUGCUGAAGCAUUUUGAAGAGAACUGCAGAUAGCAGUAACAUAAAAGGGAACUUUUCAAGCCAAAGUCUGUAAAUGACCACUUGAUCCUCAAGGAUGCACAAGAUCAUAUCUUUCCAUUGCCUUAGACUCGAAGCUUAAGGGGGGUGUGCCUAGCAGUAGCAGCUGAGGCUUCCUUGAAACCAGGUAGCGGGGGAACUGUAGCAGUUUCGUCAUGGUAACAGGGACUAAUUUUGGCUGCAAAACACACUUGAAAAGCAGAAUUAAUUAGUCUAUGCUGGGCUUGUAAUGCCAUAGCUAUGUUGUUUCUGGCACUCAAGGUAGGUCAGGUAUGUCCACAUGUUACUCUACUCUCAUUAAGGACAGGAUAAUCCCUGAAGAUUGCACAGGAUACUGGCACUAAACAGAAUAAAUCUUUGAAACUUUGGUCAUCCAUUACAUCACAUUGAACAGAACAUCCAAGUGAUUAGAGAACCAGGUAGUUGACAGCACUGCAAUGAGAUCUGUGGUGGAGCAUCCUAUCUAUGCUGUCUCCCCUCUUAGUAGUAACAUUUCAGUCUUUAUUUGUUGUUGCCUUGGAUCUUCACGUGUCAAGGUCUGUGGAGUAAGAAGUCACUUGUGAGUAAGGUUCUUAAGGACGGCAUUGAGUUGGAUGUGGCUUUCCCCUCAGUUUCCUAAAAGGCCAAUUUUAUAAGCAGGCAGAAGGCGGUAGUUGUGUAAUUAAUAAAUGCGUUGUGUAUUGGAAAGCUAUGAAAAGGCAGAAGCUGGUCAGGAAAUAGAAAGAAGUGGCAUAUAACUAUCUCACUGUAAAAUAAGCAAGACCUAUUAGCAUCUGGGCUUGAAAGUGGAUCUUUAUGUGCUGCUUACCUUUAUGGAAUUUUAAAAUCUCUUUUAAGGAUGCUUUGAACAAAGAAAGGAAGGUAAUGGGGGUAUGUGGAGGUCUUUGAGGUCUGAAACAAGAAGAAGACACCCUGAAUGUAAUGAUGAUGUUGAGCUGUUAUACCUGUUUAGUGAUAAAAGAAGCCCAAAUGCAACAAAAUGUAUUUACAACAACAGAAGUCCUAUAUAUGAUUGAAGGGAGAGAAUCAAACAUUUUUCAAAUGUAAUGUUUUAAUAAAAGUAUGCUGAAUGUGCAAAGUGGCUAGCUGUUGGUGACCGCUUGCUAACAGGAAAUAAAUCUGUGUUUUAUUUUGACACAGCGCAGCAUCUGUGUCUGAAAAAAUGAUGUUGCUGAUGACUUUUAAGUAGUUGGGUGUAUGUAUUUUCCAGGAAUUUUGCAAAAAUUCUACAAAAUUUCAUGUACUCCUUACCAAGGAGAAAAUUAGAUAUGGCGAAUGGGAUUGGAAUAAGUUCAGAAAAAAAUACCAAUUUCUUUCAGAUUAGCUGGAUGCUACUGUAUGCAUGUAAAGUAUAUCCUUUCUUGUCCGUUUUUCCAUUAUGUUUUUUCUGUGCUUUUACCUGAGCUUUUGCUAUCUACCUGUAAAACUGAUACCAAUUUUUCUGAAGGAUAAUUUGUUCUUGUUUAUGCAGUAGUAGGCAGUAAGAUUAAUCCAUCAUUGGCAAUGUUUACUGCAACAAUGUUUUCAAAAACAAUGACAAUGCAAUAACUACAGAAAUGUUUUGUUUCAGUUCUGCCUAAAAAUGGCCAGUAGCCCAAUGUGCUAAUAUUUAAGGUGGUAUUAUUUCCUUCUGAGUCUGCUGGUAUGUCCUACUGUAGGAAUAACAUUUGUUCCCCUUCAUCUAACCAGUGGAUUCCAGAUGAAAUGGAGGAAUUGGCUAUAUUUGCAUGCCUCUUUCUAUCUAAUCACGUUGUAACCUUCAGGAUUUGAGUUGCUGCCUGCCCCUUCACCAUCCAAAGAGCUCACCAUAAGGAUAUGCCAGUUGUUUUAAAAUGCAUGUGAAAGGAGGUUUAUUUCUGUGACAAAUAGAAAGGUCUUGGAAAUGCAAUCUAGUAAUAUAUGUUCCCGUUUCUCACUUAGGGAUCCAUUGAGGCUAUCGUAAAAUACUUGCAGCCAUAAUAACUACCUCUUUCCUCUUUCUCGUAGUACCAGCCAGUUGCAAAUUUAGGGCCCAGGGUUUUGUGCCUCCACCAAGUUCUCAGAGUCAUCACUGGUGUUCAUUUCAGCACCCAUCUGCUGCCAAUAACUUGUCUGUCCAUCUGUCACCCUAAUACCUUCCUGAUCAGGAUGCUGAGGUAAACUUUAGCAUAUGAAAUGGCUGCCAAAGGGAAGCUGUCCUAAUUUCCUUUCAUGUCCCUUGGUGUUUAAAAGCAGACUGUAUGCAAAUACUUUGUGUCCCCUCACUCCCAACUGAGGGAUAACUUUCAGCAGCAGUUACAGGGCUGGGGCAAAGAAACACCCCCAGGGAAUGCUGUGUGCCACAGCCAGGAAUGAAAGAUCCCUCACAAAAAUUAAAUGCAUCACUCCUCACCAUUCAGUAAGUCCAGGCACCAGCCCCAUGGAUUCCAGAUGUUUUAUACCCCAUUGGCUGCUCCAUGUGACCCUUCUGUUUGGUAUAUCCCUAUCCAUAAUCCAAAACCAACCAAAAAAAAUGGUGUUUUAAUGAGGGUCUUUCUUGCUCUGAUAAAGACUAGAAGCAGUGUCAAAAGCAGUUUUCAAAAUACAUUUCUUUUUCUCUUUUGAUCCCCUUUCGUUGUAAGUGUCUGUACUAAUUUACUCUUAGCAAAAUAAGGCACCAGAUUUGUAGGUAGAUGAGACUUUGGUUUUCCCAUAAUAAAAAGUCACAUGCGAGUAUCCAGCUAUGCACUCGUGCCCCAGUUUAACAGAAAUUUGGAGUCAGAGCCCUGACAUGACCCAUCAGUGAGGGCUUCCGGCAAAGUGCUGCAUUCCCUCUGAGGGAGCAGAUAGCAACGAGGCAGGACAGCACCGUCAGUCCCCAGUGUGCUGCGCUCUUAGCAAACCCUGGCUAGCAGCUGCUGAAAAGUCGCAGCAGAGGACAGAGCAAAUGUAAGCAGCUCAAUGCCACUGCAGUUGCAGUGAUUCCUCUUGCCAGGUGUCUGCUCGAUGCUGGUGUCCCUGGUGGUGCAGCAGAAGCCAGCAUCUAUCCAAAACGCUCUCAAAACCAUUUGAUCGAUGAUGCUGGUCUUCAUUCAAGUGCGCAUAGGCUGGGUGUUGUUGUUUUUGCAACACUUUGACUUCAUCCGGAUGAAAUGGGGACAAGGAGGCAGCCCAGCAUUUUCCCGUCCGCUGUCCUUCCGUGACCACUUGUAGGCAGGCGUUCAUGCCACCUGCCUUUAGCUAAAGGACGUGCAGGGGCACAGUGUCCAUGGGCACAUCUCUCCUCUCUCUUUUGCUCCUGCACACUCACGGCAUGUACACCGCUCCUCUCGUGACCUUCAAGGCGAGCUGUGCAUGCCGAUGCAGGGAGAGAGCUUGACCCCGCACCGUGUUCAGACAGCUCUGGAUUUCCAGCAUCUGGACUCAAGAAACUCUGUCUAAGCUGUAAGGACUAUGACUGUUGAUGUUUCUCUGCAGGGAAAACUGCCAGGUACUUACAGGCUCCGAAAGAAAAUAAACCGAAGCAUUUUCGUAAGGGAAAACGUUUGAUUAUGGGAAAAUAAUGAAUCUGAUUUGCAAAUGCAUGAACAACACGUAAGGCUGGGGCAGCAGGUGGCUGAACUGGCAUUUCAGAUGCAAUAGCAAGAGGUUUUUGGCAAGCAGUUUAGUAGUUCUAUAGCAAGUAAUUCAAGGAGUUUCAGAAAUGUUGUAUAGUUCUAUGUUUACGCAUAAAAAAAAAUUAAAAUUAUUUCUAAUUAGUCCAUUUCACAUUGAGUGGCAUAUAGAGAUAUAUUUUGUUUAAUCACUAACACAGAGGCUUCUGUGAAAGAAAAGGUUUAUUUGUAGCAAUGGGUGCAUUUCUCCUUUUUAAAGACUGUCUUUGCGCGUAUAGUGUCCUUUUUUUGUGAGCUGGGAAUUGUAAAAAAAUGUAAAGUAGAAAAGGACGUGUUUCUUAGACGAAGGAGAAAUACUGUAAAAUUGUGUAAAUGUCACUACUCAUGUUUUUCGUGUUCUGUGUAGCAUAGUGUAAAAUAGGCUUUCCAGCAGUGUUAUUCUGUGAAUUGUAAUUUAAAAAACAAGCCAUGCAUGGUCAGAGAUAUUAUCUAUAGGUCCUUUUGUUUGGUUGAGUUUUUGUUUGUUGUUUUCUCAUUCUAGGUAAAUUUGUUCUAUGUUAAAUUUAAUUGUCCAUGAAACUGCGUAUUUGUUUCUCAGUUUUAUUUCAUAAAGAACUUGAAUUACUCUUUCAGAUUUUACUACACACAAAGCUCACCUACAGUUUGUAUUCAUCAUUCAGAAGCUUUGUCACAUUUAGUGUAAACCAGGAGGGUUUUUCUUUUUAACACACCCCUUGUCUGCCUCUUCUCCCCACACUCUCCUCACUUUACUGUCUGGAAAGAUGCAAUUACACUUUUUUUUUUUUUUUCCUGUGCCAUGCAGGGUCAAUAUGGAAAACUGACCGCAGACCUGUGUCCAAAAUUUCUUGAUAUAAGUAGUUAAAAAGCUCACCUCUACAGCAUUAUGUAAACACAUCUUGCAAUAAAGCUUUAUAAGGCAC